AUGUCCUUCUCCACCCUCGUCAGCGACCUGACUUACCGGGACACUCAACAACAACGAGAACAACACCGUCCUCCAAUAUCAACCACCGCCUCCACCGUCUCCCGCGCCCGCUCUUACGCCAGCACAGCGGCAACCAGCGUCUCCGUAAGCGGCGACAUCGCCUCACAACUCCAUGGCGGGUACUCACACCCCCUCGCCCGCGCCUGGCAAGCUGAGCGCCAACUCACGAAAAGCAUGCUCAUAUACCCCAUCUUCAUCACCGACAACCCGGAUGAAAGCGAGCUGAUACCGAGCCUACCUGGACAGAGGAGAAUGGGGUUGAACAAAGUCGUAGCUUUCUUGCAGCCACUUGUGAGGAAAGGCCUCAAAAGCGUCAUCCUCUUUGGUGUCCCACUCGCACCUUCCGCAAAAGAUACUCUAGGCACAGCAGCGGACGAUCCGCAAGGCCCCGUCAUGGCUGGGAUCCGUCUCGUGCGAAAGAACUUUCCCCAAUUGUUCGUCGUAGCAGAUGUCUGCCUGUGCGAAUACACUUCUCACGGCCAUUGCGGUAUCUUACACGAAGAUGGCAGUCUCAACAAUACCCUAUCCGUCGACCGAGUCUCAGAUGUCGCUAUGGCGUAUGCAGAAGCUGGAGCCCAUUGCGUGGCUCCUUCCGACAUGAAUGAUGGAAGGAUCCGUGCGAUCAAGCUCAAGUUGAUCGAGUCUGGGAUCGCGCAUAGAGUCGUCCUUAUGUCCUACGCGGCGAAAUUCUCUGGAUGUCUAUACGGUCCAUUCCGUGACGCUGCAGGGUCCGUCCCAUCAUUUGGCGAUAGGAAGUGCUACCAACUACCACCUGGAGGUCGCGGCCUAGCACGACGAGCCAUUGAGCGGGACAUUGCAGAAGGCGCGGACAUCAUCAUGGUGAAGCCUGCUACUCAGUACCUCGACAUCAUCUCAGAUGCGAAGGAGAUCGGCAAGAAUAUGCCUAUUGCCGCAUAUCAUGUUAGUGGCGAAUAUGCUAUGAUUCACGCGGCGGCGAAAGCAGGAGUCUUUGAUCUGAAAACCAUGGCUUUUGAGGCGACAGAAGGGAUACUCAGGGCAGGAGCAAGUAUUGUGGUGAGCUAUUUCACACCUGACUUUCUGGAGUGGCUGGAUACUUAG